AUGUCUUGGUGCAGUGCGAUUUGGUGUCUGAAGACUUUCGACUUUGAAGACCAGGAGCGCAAAAUCCAGCAUACUCUGAACACACGCACGAUUCAACGAUUCAUUCUUGAAAGAUCUAAGAACUAUUUUUCAACAAACGUGAUCAUCGAGACGCUGAUUCACAAUCUGGCUAUGUAUGAUUCGGGUCCGAAGAAUAUCGAUGCAUUUACCCUAGACCAGAUAGAGCAGCUCAUGGACAAGAUGAAGCUAUUCCUUGAGGAAUGUACGCUCGUGCCCUUUGAGGAAGAUAAAAAGCAAUGGAAUAAACUGCUGGCGUACUAUUAUCAGCAGCCGAACGUUGUGCGCUGCCGGGUCUGUAGCAAGUGCCUGAACGAGUACGAAGCAGUGAUGGAUCACAUCAAGAUGCACGAACGACAAACAGAGCAGGCAGAAAACGUACCUAAACCGGUUAAAAUGAAUUACAUGGUGAAAAACUGUAUACCAAGAACGGGUGAAAGGUUGUCCAAAAAUACGAAGAAAUUUUUAACCAAGAACCCUACCACGAUCGUCAAAAGUUAUCUUGCGGAAUCCAAUUAUGUUCAGAUCGAUAUAGAUAACGAUCGGGUGCAGCAGCAUUUGGAAAAAUGCCUGAAGAAAGAUUUUCCAUCGGUGAAGCUUUAUCCGUUUGGUUCACGUGUUUCCGGCACCGGGUCAUUAUCCAGCGAUCUGGACGUGUUUGUUGAUCUGCAGAAUGGUUAUUUCGGAAGAAAUUAUAAUACAAAACCGGAUGAGCUGACGGAAUUGAUCGAAAGGGUACAAGAUAUUCUUCGGAGCACAAAGAGGUGGACAAUUGAAGCUAUCAUUUUGAACGCGCGUGUUCCAUUGUUGCGAGUAAUAAGUCUCGACAACGACCUGCACUGCGAUCUGACGUUUAGCAAUGGACUGGCGCACCGCAAUUCGAUGCUGUUGCAGUAUUUGUUCACUUUGCAGCCAACCAGUCGUAUGCUGGUAUGUUACCUUAAAAAUUGGAAUCGAGAAAAUUGCCUGAACGCAUAUACCCUAUCGUUGAUGGUUAUUUACAUGUAUCAGUGCCAUAAGUGGUUGCCAUCCGUAGCGAAACUGCAAGAAGAUCCAAGCAACGACAUCAUCAUCGAUGAUUGGAAUGGUGGUUUUGCUACGCCAACACUGCAGGAGCUAAAUAUUCAACUGUUGGAUGUUCCCAUUCCCGAACUAGUGAACAUGUUCUUUGAGUUGUACAGUUUGAAGAGCAAGUGUUUCUCAGUCGAAAGCCACGUAAUUUGUCCGUACAUAGGCGAAAAGAAUGUAACGAAGAGUUCAUUUGAGUUAUCGAAUUGUGAUGGAAUACCACCGCAAAUGGAACGUCUGAAGCGUUACAUGCUGAAACAUCAAGAUGAUAAAAACCCCAGGAAUCAGUUUGCAUACAAUAGACCGCUCGUUGUUCAGGAUCCCUUCGAACAUUGUCACAACGUGGCCAAAGCUAUUCCGGUUGAGAUAGCUGCAAGAUUAAUGCGUUCGAUUGACUCGAGCUUGGAAUGGCUAGGAGCUGCAGUUGCGUUGGAUGAGCCUUAA